CUGCGCAAAACCGAACGUACUUUUAUUUACACAAUUUUCCCUGAAAAAUUCUUGUGAAAAUUGAACCUUCUAAAAAAAUCUGAAAAUGUCUUCAGGCGUACCAAAGAUGCAAAUUCUUUCGAUGUAUAAAUUACUUAUGAGAGAAUCUCAGAAGUUUCCCAAUUACAACUUCAGGUCCUACGCUCUUAGGAAAGUUCAAGAUGCAUUUAGGGCUAACAAAACUCUAUCAAAUCCUAAACUUGUUAAGAAGGAGUUUGAUUAUGCAAAGGAAAACUUGGGCAUCAUUAGACGUCAGGUCGUGAUCGGAGAUAUGUACAGCACAGAGAAGCUAGUGAUCGAAAAUAUACACCAGUAAAAUGUAAGUUAGAUUGUUAUCCGUUACAGCUUUACGAAGAUAUCACUGUACUUUUUGUGUUUGUUAAUUGUGAAAAAUUUCAAUGUUUUUUAGGUUUAAACUCAGAUGCUAUUACAGAAAUAUUUGUAGAAAAUUAUUUGCAGCUACUAAAAAGAUGUUACAAUAUUCAAAAUAAGUACAGCUAGCUUUUGUGAUAUUCAAAAGAAGUUGUUUUGUAGUCAUAAAAACAAAAUCUAUAAAGAACAAAAUGUUUUACACAAAUAAUUUUAACUUGUUUUAAGCUACACUUUCUACCCUCAAUAAUGUACUCCGUUCGCGAUAAGUUUGCCGCUGACGAUAUGACAUCACUCACGAACGGGUAGUAUACGUUUUAUAUUGCACUGCCCAUUUUUGUGUUAUAAACAAAACUUUUUAUUUAUAAUACUCGUAAUAACCAAUAGUCUGAUGUAGUUAGUGAAUGAACUAGCUCGGAACUGUAAGUACACAGUCAAAUUACGUAUACAAACUAACUACAUAGUUUCCAGAACGUCAAGUCUUUUAGUGACUUUAUUUUAUUGGGUGUAUAAUGUAAAUGUCACCAUUAAAUUGUGAAUUCCAUCAGAUUACAAUCUAAUGUAACCUAAACCACUAUUAUACCAGUAUUCACAAACAAUGUUUGCUUAAGUGAAGCAGAAAAUCGAACGCACAGCGUUGAAUAGAGCUCUGUGAUUGGUUCGUGUGUCACCCUGCGCCGUCCACGCGCGUUAGUAUAAUCUCACGUGUUAUAUUAUAAAUUGACGGAGUGUACAAUUUAAUGGUGACAUAUACAAUAGCCAGGGAUUAUAGUUGGCAAUACUAAUAUUUUCGAUAGAAGCCAACUGGUUUCACCAUUCAUGGAAAAAUAUCUUUGGACAGAUCAUAUCAGAGAGACUUUCUCAGUUUUAAACUAAUACAGGACUUAGAUUUAUUUAUGAAUAAAUAUAACACCUUGCUAUGUAUUGUC